GGGCGUGGCCUGGCGGCGGUUAGGGGGGAGUCUCUGCAGGCUCGCGGGGCCAUGCGACGGGCAGAGUGGAGCCGCCGCCGGGCGCUGCCUCGGCCGAGCCCCGGGCCGCCCUCGUAGCCGCCCGCCGCCGUGCGUGGGGCCGGGCCGCAGCAUGCGAUGGGGAACGGCUGGGCGCAGGGGUGCUGCGGGCUCCUCCUGCGGCGGGACGCGGCGCGGAGCCAGCGCGGCGGCGGCGGAUCAAAGUAUUUUAGAACAUGUUCAACUGGAGAACAUUUCACUAUAGAGUUUGAAAAUCUAGUGGAAAGUGAUGAGGGGGAGAGCCCAGGAAGCAGUCAGAGACCUCUGACUGAGGAAGAAAUUGCCGAUCUGAGAGAGAGGCAUUAUGAGUCCAUUGCUGAAAAACAAAGAGCAGUUGAUGUGAAACUUCAGUCCGAGUUAGCCUUACAAGAGGAGAAGUUAAGAAUAGAAGAAGAGGCUUUAUAUGCUGCACAGCGUGAAGCAGCCAGGGCAGCAAAGCAGAAAAAGCUUUUGGAGCAUCAUAGACUACAAAGAAUAAUGCAGAGAAGCCAAGUGAGUAAUAAUGGAGAAUAUCAAAGCUCAGUGGCAGAGGAGGAUUUUGAUUCUUAUUUGAGAAAUACAAAGUUCCAAUAUGAAGCAUUUCGUAGUAGUAGACUUUCAUCUGAUGCUACUGUUCUGACCCCAAACACGGAGAGCAGCUGUGAUUUAAUGACCAAAACAAAAUCAACAAGUGGAAAUGAUGACAGCACUUCACUAGACCUAGAAUGGGAAGAUGAAGAAGGCAUGAACAGAAUGAUCCCAAUGAGAGAGCGUUCUAAGACAGAAGAAGAUAUACUCCGAGCAGCAUUAAAAUUUGGCAGCAAACAGACUGGAAGUAAUCCAACGUCCGCUUCUGAUGAAUCAAAUGGGUUGGAAUGGGAGAAUGAUUUUGUUAGUGCUGAGAUGGAUGAUAAUGGCAAUUCAGAGUAUUCUGGAUUUGUGAAUCCUGUACUAGAACUUUCUGUGUCAGAUCUCAAGAAAUCUGAUACUAAUCAAGACAGAUAGUAAAAUUACAUUGCCCUUGUUCAUGACCAAAUGUUUAAAAUUAAAUGGAAAGGAUAGAAAUGCAUUGAGUCUUUCUGUAAGAAAAAGGAGGCAAUCAUGCGAUAAAGGUCACUUGCAAGGAACAGAAAUGACUUGCAAUCUGAAUGAUUUCAGAAUUAAGUGCAAUUUUAUCAUCUACCUUCUAAAUUUUUAUGAAAAUUGAGGUGAUUCUAUUGUGUAUAUUUCUGGAUAUCUGGGUUUACUAUAAAUUAUCUGCACUAAUUUAAGCAUCAUAGCUUGACAUACCUAUAUUUUAACUAGCUAUUUUGUCUUGAUAAUAUUUCUACUGAUUUGUUUUUAAAAGUUGUCAUUAGCCUAAUAUUUAUCUUGGAAAUAAAUAGUCUGCAUAAGUUCUCUAAUACUUGAAUGUGGAAACGGAACAUUUUAUAGAUUGUAUUUAUUUCCAUUAUGUGGUGGUUGAUUUGCUUUUCGACGUUUUGGUAGUAGUAGUCAGCAAUUUAUCACAUGUGAAAUUGACUGUUUACAACGUUUUUUAAUCCCUGUUUAGUGCAUUUUUCUUGCCUCUUUCAUUUUAAUUAUUUCCUUACUUAAGCACAACGAAUCUGGGUAAUGUAUUAAAGCAUCAGUUUAGACAAGAGCCUAUAAUAAGGUCUUGUGCAUACUUGGGAGUAGGCUACAAAAAGAAAUUUUUUUAGCUGGUUCUGUGUGUGCAGUGCAGAUACUGACACUCAGUUAUCUACAAGAGAACUUGGAGGACCAAAGGUUCCAUUUUUUCCCCUUAAAACGCACCAAAUGCUGCUAAUACAAGGUUACUUAAUUGAACAUUUUCUCACCUUGUGCGGCACAAUUUCGUCAGCUCCACAUGAGUUUAGGCAGCAUUACAUGAACAGACUGGGAGUACAAUAGAAAACAAAUUGCUCUUCUGCUAGGUUUUGGAAGAAGCUCAAUUGGAGUUCUGGUAGCUGUACAAGGAGAAAGACAGAUCCUUUCCAAUUAUGCAGCAGUGCAUUCAAGCUUUUUAGCUUUCCUAUGCCUAGUAACUGAACAGUUACCAUGUAACAUCAGCAGAUACAGGUCUAAACUGUGCAGCCUGCCACAUAGUCUCCCAUUACAUUUGAUAUACUUUAUAUAAAAUAAAAGCUAACUGAGGAGAACACAGGACAAAACUAUAGUUCUUUUUUUCCCCCUGCGAUUGCAGUAAAGCCUUACUAUGUGUAAAUUAUGUAUUGCUCUGCUUCCUCCUGAACAAGGGUUUCUCCUUUUGGAAUAAGGGUAGUGCUCUUCCUAAGAAUAAGUAGCAGCUAAAUUUGUCGGAAAAAAUUUACAAGUACUGGCAACCCCCGCUUAACACUGUUUCACUUAGUGCUAUUUCGCUAUGAUGCUCAUUUUAAAUUGAUACCUGAUUUCACUUAGCACUCAGUGAGUUUCAUUAUAACACUCGCGGUCGCCACCAUGGGUCAUUAAAAACAUUUGUAAUCACCAUCUUGGGUCAUCGAAUACUUUCGGUUUCGCUUAACGCUUAGUUUUUCAGGAGCCAAUUAAGAGCACUAAGCGGGGGUUGCCUGUCUAUAAUAAAAAGGUGUGUAAGUAUUUAGAUAUCUGAGCCCAUGUCAGGCCAGGGUACUGUAGUUUGAUCUUCUUCUCCAUGUCUUUUAGCUAAAAUAAGAACACCAGACACUUGACCUAAAUAUGUACAUAUGUGGAUGUCUUAACAAACAGCUAAAACUUUUGUUAAUGUAUUUAACAUUCCAUUUCUUAAUUUAAACUGUAGCUUUGUCAUUGGAAAUGUUGUAAUGUAAUACUUAUAUUUGCAAUGCCUGUAACAUGCUUCUAAAAAUUUGUGCAUCAAAUGUAUAUUUUUAGUUUGGCAUAAGUUACUACCAAGUAAUUUUUCCUGACAUUCAUAUGAUGAACCCUUGAAGGUUGAAGGAAAGGUAACUUUCUUAAGCUGUAAAUAAAGACUUUUUUUACACGCUUAAA